CCUAUUCAACCCUAGCCCUUUUGUUAAGAUUGACAUCGUUCCUGCACCGCAACCCCUCUGUACGGCGAUUUGUCGCCGAAUCUUUACAGCAUAAAGCCCCUCCAGAAUUGAAACAUCUUUUCAAGUAGAUUCUUCCUGAAAAGCAGCCCUCCUUUGCUAGCUUUACACAAUACUCAUCAAAACAUGGAAAAAAUCGAUGAUAACGCCGUGCUUACUCCACUUGCACGUCAAUUGCGCUUAUCGGCUACGCUUGAAAUCAACGAGUUAGUUCAGCAACGACUUCAACAAGAGCGUGAGGUGUUCCAUCUUGGGUUUGGAGAGGCAACAUUUCCUGUUCAUCAAAGUGUUGCAGCAGCGCAUCGAGAUGCUUCCUUGACGACAGGUUAUCUUCCCGUGGCUGGCUUGCAAACACUGCGAGAGUCCGUCGCGCGAUUUCAGACACGUCGCCUCAGAUCGAGUGUCAAGACUGACCAAGUCGUCGUUGCGCCAGGAUCUAAACCGCUUCUGUUCGCACUGUUUGAUGUGCUUCAGGGAGACGUCCUCUUACCCCGGCCAUCGUGGGUCAGUUAUGAGCCGCAGGUUCUCCACGCUGGAAAAAGGCUUUUCUGGGUCGAGACAAGCGAGCAGAAUCGCCAUGCCAUCUCGGAACAGUCUCUUGUCUAUACCUAUGAACACGCACUGAGAAGCGGUGGUAAACCGCGCAUUAUGCUUAUCAACAGUCCUUCUAAUCCGACUGGCCAGGUAUUCACCAAAGAAAAUGUAGACACCAUCGUGCGAUUCUGCGAGGAACGUGGAAUCAUACUCAUCAGUGAUGAAAUAUACUCAGACAUCUUCUUUGGAGACGAGCAUCCUGCUAGCCCAGGCUCCCUUGGACGUCUGGAUGAAAGCAAGCUGAUUCUUACAGGCGGUUUGUCAAAGACAUAUUCCGCCGGAGGUUGGCGAGUAGGGUAUGCCAUUUUCCCCUCAAGCGAGUUCGGUAGGACUGUGCAGACAGCAGUUUUGGCUUAUGCCUCUGAAUGCUGGUCAGCAGCUUCAGCGCCAGCCCAAGAGGCUGCAGCAGUGGCUUUCGACACUACAUCGGAAAUGGAUUUGUAUCGGGCCCAGGUCGCUAGACUUCAUAAAAGCUGCACGCUGCAGAUGUACCACCAGCUAUUAAGUUUUGGCCUCGACAUCGCCAAGCCUCAAGGAGCAUUCUACUUAUAUCCGUCAUUCCAACCAUUUGCAAGACAGCUUGAGUCACUCGGCAUCAAGACGAGUGCAGAGCUUUCGUCAUGGCUCAUUACUGAAUUUGGUGUGGCUACUCUACCAGGCUCUGUAUUUGGGGAAGAUGAUGAUGGUCUGCCCAGUGGUCGAUAUCGUUUGAGGAUGGCAACGAGUUAUCUGUACUUCAAGGAUUGCUCUGAACGCUAUGAGCACGGAUAUGAUUUGUUAGCAAUGGCUGUAACCGAACAAUUUGUACCCUAUCUGCCUCUGUUACAAAGCGCAAUUAAGGCGUUGCAAGCUGUAGUGGACAAAUUGAAAGCCCUCUAGCG